CCUUCAAUAGACGACUUCAAUCCAUUCAACUAUGGUAGCCAUUAUUGCUCUGGUUUUUACCAUUAUCUUCUUUCCAUUUUCUUCUCCUGUUAGUGCACUGAGGUCGAAUUACUACGACAAGACAUGCCCUCAUCUCGAGCAGAUUGUCAAUUCUACUGUCGAGAAAGCCAUGAAAAAUGAUAACAAAGUAGCUGCUCGACUACUUCGAAUGCAUUUUCAUGAUUGCUUUAUCAGAGGUUGUGAUGCCUCUGUUCUGCUGGAGAAAAAAGGGAACCACAAAGCAGAAAAAGACGGACCUCCCAACAUUUCAUUACGUGCAUUUUAUGUUAUUGACCAUGCCAAGGAAAAGGUGGAAGCUCUAUGCCCAGGAGUCGUUUCUUGUGCUGAUAUCCUGGCUCUGGCUGCAAGGGAUGCAGUUUUUCUGUCUGGUGGACCCACUUGGAAAGUGCCCAAAGGAAGGAAAGAUGGAAUAAUUUCAAAGGCAGAUGACACCAUACUGCCUCCAUACCCCUUGCCAUCCCCCAAAUCCAAUAUAUCUGAGCUAAGGCGGAAUUUCUCCGAAAGAGGCCUCUCCUUAAAAGAUCUGGUUGCACUUUCAGGAGGUCAUACCCUCGGGUUUUCUCAUUGUUUUUCAUUCCAAGAUAGAAUCCACAAUUUCAAUGACACAUUGGACAUUGAUCCUAGUUUGAAUCCAUCCUUCGCCAACAGUUUAAGAAGCGAGUGUCCAAUGCACAACAAGAACAGGAGUGCUGGAAGUGUCCUUGAUUUCACCCCCUUUAAAUUUGACAAUAUGUACUACAAGUUGCUUCUUCAGGGAAAGAGCAUCCUCACUUCGGAUCAAGCUUUACUCACAGAUAAAAGAACUAGAGCAUUGGUUGUAAAAUAUGCAACGUGCCAGGAAGAAUUUGAGAAGGCAUUUGUGAAGUCCAUGAUCAGGAUGAGUAAAAUCCGGGGUCAUGGACGACAAGAGAUCAGGCUGAACUGUAGAGUUGUUCGGUGAAUUUUAGCCGUCCGUCAAGAAAUUAAUUAUAUACAAUUAUAAUUUCCCUUUUAGGAUUUCAAAUGAAAUGAACCCUGUUUGAUGUGCCUUUCUUGACUUCCUACUUGUUUAAAAAGUGAAUCAGUGGUGUCAGUUGAUUAAAUUGGUUUUGACUAG